GGCUGAAUGAUGAUGGGGCUCUACUUUGGUUGAACCAUAACGACUUCAACGCUCCAUAUGGCGAAGACUGGUAUCUAGAUCCCGUUUGGUUCGAGAGAAGACAUUAUCCCACUGAGUGCAUGCAGAUGAGGAGAUUGUUUGAACUCGUUGCAGACUAUCUUUCAGACUGUCAUCUCUAUACACCACAUCUGGAAUCGCUUGAUCUGCUGUUCUACUCCUUCAGAUCUUGUACUUGGGGUCAUCGGGACGUUUUUGCCAUCGAAGAUACUCUAAGCACGAUUAGGUCUGCCAACAGGGUCGUAGCUUCGGUCUUUGAGCUACUCAAACGCUUCUAUCGACUACAGGGCGAUUUCCCCACCAACGGGCAAUAUCCUCCCUACUUUACCAGAGCGGUUAUGAGAGAAGGGACUUGAUCUCGACAAUCACAGGCCUGAACCUACACAGACAUCAUCGCCCCUCCAGGACCCUACAUCCUAACUUCGAUAGCAUCUUCAGAGGAUUCGUAAUCUCAUCACUGCUCGCUGCGUCUCUUGUCUAAGAGUCCAUGC